UUGAACUACAUUACCCACAAUGCCUUGCGCGCUUUCAAUCGGCAACAGCUCGGAUGUUGCGAUAUCAGCCAGAGAACGCUGUGGUCGCACAGACUGAUACAUACUUUAAAUGCCUUUCUUUAAUGAGUGCCCUUUGAAAGAAAGACCCGGCCACAUUUUUCGAGCGAUAUUCGAAACGAGACGCUGGCUUGAGGUGGUUUCGCGUUGACGUAAACGGGCUACUGCGUUAAGCUAAGUAAAAAAAAAAAAAAAAAAAAAAAAAUCUGUUUUAUUGUCAGCUGGUGUAAUUAAAUGGCGAAAGGCGCCGCUAUGUGGCUCACGGCGCUCGACUGAGGAUGGGAAUAGUCGUCGAGGAAGGCCGUUCAUCAUUGGGACACAUCGCACUGAAAUACACUGUGGUCCUGAGGAUAACCUGGAUAACCUUACACGAAAUGUCAUAGAGCGUGAGUGGCUAGCAUGGGAGCUAGCUGGGUGCAGAGCCUGUACGCCAAUGUUGUCUGUAGCCGUCGCUCUUAUAGUGUAAACACGCCGCUGAAAGGUGCAUAGAUGCAAGAAAAUUACCCACAGAUGCAAUAGCCAGUACCGCUGCUGGUGUAAUUCACUUACAUAACAGCUCCAUCUCUGGCUGUCACAAAUGGGAAAUUUGCCACCUCAAACAAAAUCCUUAUCUUAACUGAUUUUUUUUUUUUUUUUUGCAAAUAGACCUGCAUUGCACAGCGCAUCUCUGCUUUCGUCUGUGAUCCACAGCACCGGUUGUCGCCCUUUUUUUUUUUCUUUUUUUUUUUUGGAGACGCACUAUGAGGAAGUUUUUCGAUUCCCGUCGGGAGUUGGUCAGCUCCGGACCGGGUUCCGGAGGUGGCAGCGGCUCCGGAUCCAGUCAUGCAGGAGGGAAUUUCAUCGGGAGAAACAUCGCUGUCGGCAAGCAUCAAGUCACCGUGGAGGAGAUCAUUGCUGAAGGCGGCUUUGCGAUUGUGUUCCUUGUGCGGACAAACCAGGGUGUGCGCUGCGCCCUGAAGCGGAUGUAUGUCAACAACGAGCACGAUCUGCAGGUGUGCAAGUGCGAGAUUCAAAUAAUGAAAGACCUUGUGGGGCACAAGAACAUUGUUGGUUAUCUGGACUCCAGCAUCACGGCCAUGGGGUCCAGGGAUGUGUGGGAGGUUUUCAUACUGAUGGACUUCUGCAAGGGAGGCCAGGUUGUUAAUUUGAUGAAUCAAAGGCUGCAGACGGGCUUCACAGAGGCAGAGGUGCUGCAGAUCUUUUGCGACACCUGUGACGCCGUAUCUCGCCUGCACCAGCGCAAGACGGCCAUCGUCCACAGGGACCUUAAGGUGGAGAACAUCCUGCUGCAUGACAAGGGCCAUUACGUGCUGUGUGAUUUUGGCAGCGCCACAAACAAGUCGCUGAGUCCACAGACGGAAGGCGUCGCCGCCGUGGAGGAAGAGAUUAAAAAGUACACUACUUUGUCAUAUCGUGCACCUGAGAUGGUGAACCUCUAUAACAACAAGAUCAUCACCACCAAAGCAGACAUCUGGGCGCUGGGCUGUCUGCUGUACAAGUUGUGCUUCUUCACUCUGCCCUUUGGUGAAAGCCAGGUGGCCAUUUGCGAUGGCAGUUUCACCAUUCCGGACAACUCCCGCUACUCUUACGAUCUCCACUGCCUCAUUCGCUACAUGCUGGAGCCUGACCCAGACAAAAGGCCAGACAUCUACCAGGUGUCUUACUUUGCCUUUAAACUGGCACAGCGGACUUGCCCCGUUCAGAAUGUGAAGAAUUUGACAAUUCCCUCCAAACUUCCCGAGCCAGUGAAAGCGAGCGAAGCUGCUGCAGCCAAGAAGAGCCAGGCCAAACCCAGCAGACUGACAGAUCCCGUCCCCACCACGGAAACCUCCAUCACCCCUCGCCAGAGGCCCAAAGCGGCUCACACGCAGCCGAGCGCCGGCAUCCUCCCCAUCCAGCCGGCUGCCCUCACCCCGCGCAAGCGAGCUAAUCUCCCCGCUGGUGCAGCUCAGCCUGUCGGCGUCAGCUUAAACCUCUCCCAGCCCGCCGCAGCCCUGCAGUCACAGAAGGCGCUGACGUCCGCCCUGCCUCUCAUCCAGUCACAGAACAACGCCAUUCCAGCUGUAGCACAGAAACCGCCGACAUCAGGAGCAGAAGCUACAGCGGCCGUCGUGACGCCCGCGUGUAAGCCAGAUGUCCAACCCCAAGCCCAGCAACAGGCGGCGCCACAGACUCCGUCCAGCCCCGCCGCACCUCAGCGUCCCGCUCGACGCAAGCCACCCGUCCAGGCUCAGCAGUCGCCUGGCAAAUCAGCCCCCAAUCAGCCAUCAGUGGGCGAGCAGCAAUCAGUCGUGCAGGCUCACGCCGCUUCCACUGAAGUAAGCCAGAAGGCAGCUGAGACGACUGCGCCUGCUUCUCCAAAGACGGUGGAGGCGCAGACCCACAAACGCGUCCCAAGUGAUCCCACAGCGAGCAGCGCCAAUGGAGUCGCCGACUCCUCACAGGGGGCAGAGGCAGACCUCGUCCACUCCCAAGCUGGCUCCAUCCAGCCCGCUCAUUACCAAAGCGAGAGCUCCGCGGCGCCCACAUGGAACCCGUUCGACGACACCGACGGCUUCUCCAACUUGACGGCAGAGGAAAUCAAACCAGACGACGCAAAGCCUGCUGACCCGCCCUCAGGGUGUGAGACCCCGUGUGAAGAGUUGAUACCCGGCUUGCAGACCUCGCCUGGGGAGAACACAUCGCAAGACUGUCAAGCAGAAAGAUUGUCAGCCAUUGUCGAUGCCGCUGAUUCAGGAGCGUCGCUGUUGAUAGUCCCCGAUCCAUUUCACACCCUGGAACUGUCCAACACACCGGAGAAGCUGAUUGAAGGUCUAAAAUCUCCAGAUGUGUCGUCGCUCCUGCUACCCGACCUGCUGUCUAUGUCCGAUCCGUUUGGCGGGGCUGUGGAGGACUCUGCAAAAGAACACAUCACUGCAGACGCCUCUUUGCUGGGCUGCUCUCUGAUCUCGGGCCCGUCCGCUCCUCCGCCGGCCACCGGCAGCGCUGCCUCCUCAGUGUCGUCCGCCUCCGCCGCUCUGGAUGAUUUCAGUCUGCUGUCUGGAGACUCUGCAGCGGCCAAAACAAUAGAUUCGUCUCUCCUCAUCUCCGACUUUGAGGCCCCGCAGCCGGCAAACCCUGAGGCGGCCACCGAGGACGAGUUUGACCCCAUCCCAGUGACCGGACGCAAGAACUCCCAAGUUUCAGGAGGCCACUCUCGCAGUAACAGUGGCGGCUCUGAGUCCGGCCUGCCCAGCUUGGCCCGCUCCCUCCUGCUGGUGGACCAGCUCAUCGACUUGUAGGCCGCAAACCCCCCUCCCGUCUCCUCUGUCCUACAGUGGAUUAGAGAGCAUAGCAGCCAUGUCUCCUUCUCCAUUCCUUCACCUCUUCAUUUCCUCUCAUCGUCUUCGACUAAUAUCAAGCUUCACCUUUUGGCCAAACCAUAGAAACAUGCUUGUCAUGUACAAUAGGUACUAGUAGUGUUAAUAGGUGGAUGUAGUUCAUUGUGCACAAGUGAAUAUGUCGUCCUUUGCCUUCAUCAAAUUCCCCCUCCCCCCUUGAUUUAUUUGCACAUUUUUAGGUCUGAAUUGAAGGUGAAGUUGACAUUUCUCAAAACGGCACACAUAUCUAGUGCAACAUUUUUGUUGAAUCAUUUCCAUCAAAUGCAGUUCCCCCCCUCCGCCAGACUUCUUUUAAUCACAAAGCAAUAAAGUCUUCUGUUAUCUGCUAAUAACAAAAUAGAUCGAUUCUUACUCACAUUUGCCUUGUUUCGCACCUUAGCGUGUCCCCCCAAAAAAGACAUCCCACUCUUGACAAUAUUGGAAAUAAAUGAGCUAAGUUAGUUAGCCAUACUUGCCAACCUUGAGACCUCCGAUUUCGUCGGGCGGGGGG